GCAUUCAAUAAAAUUUUUAAUACAAGUCAAAAUGAAGUUGCUUAGUUAUUAUUUUCUGGCUGUAUGUUCCAUAACAAUUGUUCAUUGUUUGUUUGUGGAUCCAAAAGUUCGUGAACGCCAUAAUGUUGCCUCCAUGCAUCGAUAUCUAGUGAAUCGACAAAAACGAUUUAUCGUUUUCGAUAAAGAAAAGGAAAAUAAAGAUUAUCAAAAAUGUACAGCGAUUGGUGGACGUGCCGGACAUUGCAAAUAUAUUCCAUAUUGUCAAUUAAAACAAUCGGUGUUCCAGAAAGUUUUGGAUCAUUUGUGUAUCAUUGAAAGUGUUAACAUUGGUGUAUGUUGUCCUGAUGAUCUUGGCGGUUUCGAAGCCGAUGGCGCAAACAUUGUUUAUAAUUUACCAUCAACUGGCGAUUCAGAUGUUCCUGAUGAAUUAGAUGAAAAAUUUAAAACUGUUGAAAAUCGAGGUUGUGGAUUAGCAACAAAUGCAAAUCCAAAAGAUAUGGUUGAACAUGUCGAUUGGCCAUGGAUGGCUGCACUUAUGGAUGAAACUGAAAUUCCAUUCUGUGGAGGAGUUUUAAUCACUGAGCGUCAUGUUUUAUCCGCUGCACAUUGUUUAUACAAUCAUUAUGAAGCUAAAGAUGUAUUCGUAAAACUAGGUGAAUAUGAUUUCGACGAUGAUGAUGAAACACGUCCACGUGUUUAUGCAGUGAAAAAUCUCACAAAUCACAAAGAUUAUGAUCCAGCAACGUACGAUAAUGAUAUUGCAAUUUUGGAAUUAGAACGAUCGACAAUAUUUAAUACAUAUAUAUGGCCCAUUUGUUUACCACCAAUUGGUUCAGAUUUUACCGGUAAGAAUGCUAUUGUUGCUGGAUGGGGUACCCAAGGUUUUGGUGGUCCAACAAGUGGAAUUUUAAUGGAGAUUUCUAUACCGAUCUGGGAUAUGGAAAAAUGUCGUCAAGCAUUUACACAACCGUUAACGGAUAAAGUAAUAUGUGCGGCUGGCUAUGAUGGUGGCAAAGACUCAUGCCAAGGUGAUUCUGGUGGACCUUUAAUGUCACAAUUACCAAAUGGUCGUUGGGUAAAUGUUGGUAUUGUUUCAUGGGGUGUUCGAUGUGGUGAAAAAGGACGUGCAGGUAUCUAUACAAAAGUAAAUUUCCCAGAAUAUUUGGAAUGGAUUGCUGACCAAACUCAAGAUUAUUAAAUGAUUUUUUGAGUUGAAAUUUAAUUAUGAGAAAAUAAAAA